CCCGCCCUCUACCCAGCGCCAUAUUGAGCACGGAGCACCAGAAAGGAGGCUGACUCAAACAAUCGACAAAAUGUCUGACGAAGGAAAGCUUUUUAUUGGAGGUCUGAGCUUCGACACCACGGAGCAGUCCCUGGAGGAUGCCUUCUCUAAAUACGGCGUCAUCACCAAUGUUCAUGUUGCCAGAAACAGAGAAACAAACAGGUCGAGAGGGUUUGGCUUUGUCACGUUCGAGAAUCCUGAAGAUGCAAAAGAUGCCAUGGAGGGAAUGAAUGGAAAAUCUGUGGACGGCAGGGCGAUCCGUGUGGAUGAGGCUGGGAAGGGUGGCAGCGGCCGCUCCGGAGGUGGCGGAUACAGAGGUGGCAGUGGAGGAGGAAGAGGAGGUGGAUACUUCCGUGGAGGUAGAGGAAGAGGUGGUGGAAGUUAUGGAGGUGGUGACCGGGGGUAUGGAGGUGGUGACCGUGGAUAUGGAGGUGGUGACCGUGGAUAUGGUGGCGGUGACCGUGGUUAUGGAGGAGACCGGGGGUAUAGUGGUGGCUACAAGAGCGGUGGUGGCGGUGGCGGUGGAUACAAUAGAGACAGGAGUUCCAGCUAUGGAGACCGUGGAAACUCCUACAGAGACAACUAUGAUGGAUAUGCUGCACACGAAUAAGGCCCAAGACCCAACUCUUCACUGGCUGUGUAUUCUAAAGACGUGCUCCUCAAGGAUCUAUCCAUUCAUGUAGUAGCUUUCUUUUGUUUAAAAAAAAAAAAAAAAAUCACAGGUGAAAUGUGGGGCAGGCAGUUCUUCAUUUUGGCUGUGAAAUGUUUCUCUGCUACCACAAUGGUCACACUUUAGUUUUUUUUUUCUUGUGUUUCUUUGUUUUCUUUUUUUUUUUACUUUAUUGAAUAUUGAGCCUCAUGUAAAAUCUUAUUCCUCCUGGUCUGUUCUGACAGGCUGCCACAGUAUUGCUAUCCACUAGCAAAUUUUCCAUUUUAAUAGAGGUCCUUAUUUUAUAUUUUGGGUUGCCCUAGGUUUUAGUGAACAACUACCUCUUAAAGGACCUUUUAAAGCAGCUGUGGAACUUUCAAGUCUAAAAAGUUGUUGUAGCAAUACAAUAAUGCUAAAUUUCAGCGACCUUUCCAUUUGAAAUAGCGUUAAAUUGAUAGAAAGUUGGAAAGCCUUUGUCCAUGUCAAGUAUCCAAAGAGUCGAUUCCUUGCAGACUGGUGAACACUGCUCGAGUGAGCUGGCCAGCACUGGUGCUGUUCUUGAAGUGCAGCUUGCAGUUUGCCACGUUCACCCUCACUCUUCCAGAGGUAUCUCUGCCCUGCUUGACUUUUGCAUAUUUUUUUUUU